AUGUCGACCUCGACAGCAAGUGCAUCGGUGACUGGUUCUGCAGCUCCAACAAGGGCUCUGGCUCCGAUCGCGCUGCCUUCGCCGUUGCCUCGAUUCCUCCUCGUGUACCCAGCGACAUGGCGACCUCUGUCAACCGAGUACACGCACCAGGCAUCGCCUACAGUUCGAAUCAACGUGUUGGAUUCGUCAUUCAAUCCACCGCACGUGGCGCACUACUCGUUGGCGCGUCUCGCCCCAUUCGAUCGCAACGGCACCUCGCCCUUUGAUGCGAGAUUGCUCGUACUAGGCUCUUCGAACGCGGAUAAAGGAUCUACGGGUCAAGAUGAGAUGAAGACGAGGCUAGAAAUGAUGAGAUGUAUGGCGAUCGAGCUGGAUCAGGACCUCGCGAAGGGCGGUGGUCGCGGACACGGUCAAGUCGGCGUCGCCGUCGUCGAAGGGGCUAGGUUCGUGGAUAAGAGCAAACACAUCAGGGAGCGGAUCAAGGAGUACCAUCAAGGUCUCGAAGUGGAACUUGUCUUUGCGCUAGGUUAGUCUCCCGGUAUUGAAGGAGCAGGUACGCAGACCGGCUUCACUUGCUGAUCCGAGACUGUAUCCGGUUGCGACCCAGGGUGGGACACGGUCAUCCGUUUCUUCAACCCGAAGUACUAUGGCACAGAAUUCGACUCAUUCAUGACAUCGUUCUUUGAUACCGACCGAUCCUCGAUCGCCUGCGCACGAAGAGGGGCCGUCUCAUCGAUCGAGGAGGAAGAAUUCUUGUCGUCCCCGAACGUACACAAGUACCGCGAGAGAAUCACCAUGUGCGACGUCGACGAUCAGGCGCUCAAUGUCAGCUCAACGGAUGUCAGAACUGCAAUCAAGGAGGGGAGGUGGGGAGACGUCGACAAGUGGAUCAAUGUUCAAGGCGUGCGCGAGGUGAUCAAGAAAGAGCGACUGUACGAGCACUAA